GUCCCGUCCCUUUCCCCACAACCCCUCCCUCCCCCUGCUGCAGGCAGCAAUCAAUCGCGCAAGAAAACUCUGCUAAGCUCUGCUCCAGUUGCCUCCCUCCCAGUUGCUUGGCAUCAGAUUCUCUCGAGCCGCAGCAGUGACAGCGAACAGCGGCUGCUAAUAAUAAGCCAGCUCCACUUUGUUCCCCUUCGAUUUAUUGCCACUUACUUUUCUAGCUUCCCUUUUCGUGCCGGUUCUUGUUUACUCAUCAGUUAACCGCCCAUGCCCGCUCCCAAUCCUGAAGCCGCCGGCUAUCGCCAAACUCCAACCACCAACAGCGGUCAGCAGGGACCCCACUUUCUCCUGCCCAUCUUGGCGCCUCCUGAGGCGCCGCUUCCAGUUCUCCACCCUCUGCUUCGGGAUUGUUUCUUCACGGGCUCUUCAGAAUUCUUCCUGGAAGCAAGCUCAGUUUAAUCAUUGUCUCGUUCCUGUUUCUUGCCAAGCUGGUGGGGUUGGAUAACUUUGAUUGGUUCUUUCUCAAGGAAACUAACUUUUCCCAUAAGAAAGGGAAUUGAGCUAGGCCUUGGGUUGACCGAGGCUGUCAUGGAGCCGGCGACUGGGUUCCGAGCCUCUGCCUGGAGCUGUUUCAAGUUCUUGCCAUUCUUCUGUGGCCUUCUCCUCCUAGGGAUCAUCAAAGCUGUUCUGUUUGGUCCAUGGGCAUGUCUUAUCAUGGCGGUCGGAAUUUCGGCACUCGUUCUGGGAUUAUGGCCUGUGCAUGUGAUUUGGACAUACUACUGCAUCAUCAGAACCAAGCUGGUGGGACCUGUUGUAAAGCUUCUGCUUCUUAUCUCUGCAUCUGGGAUUUUAGUCUUGUGGCUGAUUGUUGGCAUCGUCGGAAGUGUACUUGCUGGAUUAGCCUAUGGCUUUCUAGCACCAGUAAUGGCCACAUUUGAUGCAGUCGGCGAAGGAAAAGAAAGGCCACUCGUUCAUUGUUUUGUGGAUGGAACGUGGACCACUAUCACGGGAGGUUGUACAGUAGUCAGGGAUCUGAAAGACAUGCUAUUGGAUUCAUAUUUCUCAUUUAUGGACGAUCUACGUCUUCAUGAACCUCCUGGUGGAAAGCCAUUUGAGAUAAGAGUGCUUGACAUUCCUGGUGCAGUAUUUGCUGGCGCAUUUGGACUCUUAGUGGAUGGAAUAAUGUUCACAUUAAUAGCCGUCUACAAGUUUCCUGUGAUGCUUUUCAAAGGAUGGAAGCGAUUGAUUGAAGAUCUGGUUGGCAGAGAAGGACCUUUUCUGGAGACAGUUUGUGUGCCAUUCGCUGGUCUGGCUAUUCUUCUCUGGCCAUUUGCUGUUUUCGGAGCCUUCCUAGCCUCCAUCAUCUCCAGUGUUCCCCUAGGUGUAUAUGCUGCCAUUGUGGUUUAUCAGGAAUCAUCGCUUUUCAUGGGACUGUCUUAUGCAAUAUCAUCAGUAUCCAUCUUCGAUGAGUAUACAAAUGAUGUACUUGACAUGGCACCAGGAUCUUGCUUUCCUAGGUUUCACUAUCGGAAAAAUCAAGCUUCCGCAGAAAGUGGUCAUCUAUCAAGGCCUGCCUCAUUCAAGGACAAGCAAGAUGGGAGGAAAGCUCCAAUUCGUGUUACGUCAUUUAAGAGUAGCUUUGAAGAGUUCAAUCCAUUUAAGGCGCUAGAUCAACUAUUCGAAGAUUGUAAGCACCGUGGUGUGGCUCUGGUUGCUGAAGGAGUGAUAACACAGGAAGAUAUUGAAGAAACAAAGUCAGGCAAAGUUGGCAGCGGAGUAAUUAAUGUUGGUUUGCCAGCAUAUGUUAUUCUUAAUGCACUCCUACGGUCUGCGAAGGCAAACUCUGAUGGCCUACUUCUAAGAGAUGGCUGUGAAAUAACAUCUGACAACAGGCCUAAGAAUGCAAUAUUUGAUUGGUUCUUCGACCCUCUGAUGGUCAUCAAAGAUCAAAUCAAAGCCGAUAAUUUCACAGAAGAGGAGGAAGUGUACCUUCAAAAACGUGUGUUGUUGAUCAGCGACCCAAAGCGCCUCAAGGCAACUCUUCCACAUUUGCCAUCCCUGAAUGAGCGAAAACAAGCAGAAAUAGAUGCAUUUGCCCGGAGAUUGCAAGGGAUCACAAAGUCGAUACUAAGGUACCCAACAUCCAAGCGCCGUUUCGACGACCUUGUCAAAGCACUUUCAGAGGAGCACGAGAGGGCGAUGGGCGGCAGCCGAUCUGUCAGUAGUAGAUCACAGUUCCAGAGGCUGAGGAGCGGCGUAGGUAGAAUGCUUAGCCAGAGAUCAAUGGGGAGAGCAACAAGCGUGCGAGGCAAUGAUCAAGAGGCGCAACUUACGAACAAUGCCCGUGCAGCAUACUCAGAAGAGCAGUGAAGACUGAAGAGAAGAUCUCCAUUGUCCAUAUGUGUUUCCUGAGCGAGCUAUUUUCACUAACUUUGUACAGAGAGUUGACACUGAUACAUGAGCAGUAUGUUGCAAACUUGCAAAAGUCAGUAUGUCUCUGAAGAAAAAAGUGAGAUAUACAUUUUGCUGUGAUUAUAGGA